CCUGCUGAAGACAAGGACCCUUCCUCCUCCUCCUCUUCUUCAUCCCGCCUGUGUUUCAGCACCAUGGUCAGCACACGAGCUCUCCUCCUCGCGGUCACCUGCUGCUGUGCGUACCUGUGGCUCGCUCGUGCAGAGGGAGACUCUUCACUGGAGACGCGCUCGUUGGAUUUCUCGCCGAAAAGACAACAGGAGAAAGACCUGAUUGAUGCGUUGCAAGAAGUGCUGGAGAAGCUGAGGAGCAAGGAGAUGCCCUCUGAGAAAAAGCUUGGCUGGUUGCCUUCGUGUGAUGCAGGGGAGCCAUGCGCCGUGCGUAAAGGCGCGCGUAUUGGUACCAUGUGCAGCUGUCCCCGGGGGACUUCCUGCAACUUCUAUGUUCUUAAAUGUUUGUGAAAGAAGAACCCAAGAAAACAAGAGAUGGCGGGAGAGAGCCCGGGGGUUUGAGGUCAAAACAAGAAGGUGUCCCCUCCUUAUUGUGAGAUAUGGCUGCAACUGUUGUUAUUCUUCUUGUGAUGAUAAUAAAAAAAAAAUUAGUUGUAGUACUGCAUGUCAUUAAUAAAGGACGUUUUUCUUUUAUAAACCUUGCCCCAUAUUAUUUUAGGUAGGUUCAAUGUUCUGUGUUUGUCUUUGUGUUUUCUCAGAGUUUGUGAUCGUAGGCUGGGGAAGUUAUUUGUGUAGGAUUAAGGCAUCUUGUGAAUGUGUCUGUUUGAAUGUGGCAUUUGUCACAAAUCAGUGUUUUGGUCAUAUUUUUAGGUCGUUGUUCUGUAUGUUGAUAA